AUGGAUGAAUCAACCCGGAGUAUGAAAUAUGAUCAACCACAACAAGAAAAAUAUGGGGUCCAUACGAUGGACACACGGCACACUGGCCUCACGAGGUCGACGAUGAGAGUAUUUAAUGUUCAACAAUUAGCAGAUGAUGAGAUGUGUUGUGUGAUGGAUUUCUUGGUGAAUGACAUUCCUACUGUCAUGGCCGUGUCUACUUGCUGCAAACGUUUUCGAUGUCUUGUAUUGGAAAAGUUGAAUUUUGAACAAGUCUAUUUUCACAGAAUGUUAUUGUGUGAUGAGAGUAUCAAUUAUUUGAGAAACAAGUUAUUGAUUCAAGUCUUGUUUAAGAAUAGCUUGGAAUUCAGAAAGUGGUGUCUUGUCACUCGAAAAUAUAGACAAGUAGUUCCCAAUUUGGUGGUAGAAUCUGAUGCUUCAGUGCAACCUGUCACUUUGGAAGUGCCUGCAGCUGAUGUUGCAUCAGAUGACAAACAAGAAUACCAUGAUUCUUAUCAUGCAUUGGAUCAUUUGAUUGUCGAAAAGAAGAAUAGUUACAAAAUUCUGUAUUAUAAUUUAUUUUCUAACUGUUUGGAUCUAAUCGUAGAAAAAGCCUCUCAAGAAUUCUAUCGUCACCCUUCUUCUACGACUGUCACUAGCAAGACAUCAGACAAAUCUAACAUGUACAAUUUAUUUCAACAACUUACGUAUAGUGUGAUUGAUUUUCAACAGAAUGAAAUUACCUUUGAACGAGAAUUAGCAUGGGGAAUAUCAAAUCAAAAUUUGAUUAUUCAAGAUGGACUGAUCAAAACUCUCUUUUCUCUUCAUUUACUGACCUUAUUGACAAUCAUUGUAUUUCAAUGGAUUAUGUAUGAUCAACUUCUUGAAUCUAUUAUUUUGUUAUUUUUAUUUUCGGUGACACUUGGAGUUACUUUAACCUUGUGCUGGAGCAUUGGACACUUUCCUCUCUUUUCGUGGUUCUAUUGGCUAUAUUAUGGCUCUUUGGACUUGUUUCGAAUCGAAGAGCAAUGUAAUCUCAUAUCAACUGCAAAUCAUAACAACCACUACGAGAACAAGGAUAUUUCAAAACUUAUUUCAACACUUCACAUGCACGGAAUUGCAUUGUUGAAACAUUUUCGAAUGGCCAGAGCAUAUUUUAUAUACUAUUACCAUCUAUUGAUGAGGGCUCAAUUGAAACAAGUGGUAAGAGAGUUAUGCGAGAAGAAUAAUGUGAAAGAGCAAUUCCAGAUGAGGUUUGAAAUUUUGUGUCACAACGCCUGGUGGAAUUCAUUAAUUGAUCUUUCCGAUGAUAUUCUCUCCACAAGAUUUUUCAUAUGUGUCUUGGACAUUGUGUCUGUUCUUGCAUUUUCUCUAUGGCUUGGAAAUUCGUCACUUCAAAAGUAUAUCAACCACGAAAUUUUGAAAAUGGUACGAUUUCUAAUCAUUCAUGGAUGCCUUUUGAUUUCCUCCAUUGAAUUAUUUGAUAUUGUUCGAUCCUAUAUAGUGACGAAUAACAACACGUUUAGUGAGUGCUCCAUCAAGUUGAGAGAAAGACGGCAAAAAGCAGAGGACACCAUCCGGUGGAAAGAUGCCAUAAAGCUGUUCAUUCGAAGACCUUUGGCCAUGUUUUUACUAAUUGUGACACGGAUUUAUUUUGUUUCCUAUGUUGUCAGCAUGACACAAUAA